AUGAACGAGGGCUGUUACAUUUUAGCUGUUGGAAGUUAUGAAGGAAAUAUAAUAUUAUUUAAAGUUCAUGAAAAUGAAAAUUAUAAAAAUAAUGCAGAUUUUAUGAACGUGUUAAAUAGUGCUAGGAUGCAUAAGAAUGAAGUGGGAAGAGAAGAGAACUACAAUUAUAACAACAUGUAUAAGGAGGUAUAUGAUAAAACUCAGGUUAACGAAAAAAUAAAGUGUAAUGAAAAUGUUUAUUCAGAUGAUAGAGGAGAAAAUAAAAAAGGUUAUACAGUAGGAAAACAUAUGGAUAACAAGAGUAUUGAUAGUAUUCGUUUCAAUGAUGUAAAGCACUUAAAUGUUGACGACAGUAGUGCGUAUUUUUUUUAUGGUGAUAAGGAUAACUCCAGCAAUGCUAGCAGCAGUGUUAAUAGCAGUGUUAGCCGUAGUGUUAGGCGCAAUGUUAAGAGCAGUGUUAAACGCAAUAGCUCGAAGGUGGAGAGUGAAUGGAACAAUUCGGGUAACAGAAUAAACUUGCUACCGUAUAGUAUUUUAAUAAAUAACAACAACAGUACAUGUAAUAAUAGCAUUUUGCAGUUAUGUUUUGGAUUAUCUUGUUCAUCUCUUAUUGAAUGUAUAUCGAAGGAAAUAUUAAUUUCACUUCAUUUGAAUAAUAUGAUAUGUUUUUGGUCAUUAGAUGAAGGAAGGUGUUUUAAAGUUUUAAAAGAUUUUGAUUUUUUUAUUUACAAUAUAAGGAUACUACCAGAUAGAAGAUUUCUCCUUAUAUGUGGUAUUAAAAAAGUAUUGGUUUUAGACUUGUGGGCAAACAAAGAUAAAGAAAUAAUUGCUCGUUUAACUAUUGACAAUUAUAUUCACAAAGGGGAUAACAAAAAAACGAAUGAAGAAAAUGUUCUAAAGAAAGACAAUGAGUAUACCUAUAUAGGGGACACGAAUGAUGAGCAUCACUCUUCAUCUUCUAGUAGUUCGGGUGUGCACGAUUUAUCAUAUUCAGAGGAAGAUAUAAAUGGCUAUAUUAACAAAAAGAACACCACGAAUAAUGUAAUAGGUACGAAUGUAAGCGGUGCAAAUAGCAACAGAAGUAACCACAACAUGAGCAGUUACAAUUACAGUAAUAUGGACACGCAUAAGGGGAACCCGAUGAAUGAUGAAAGGAAUGUGUUGAAAGAAAAUAUUCAAGUGCAUAUGAAACCAAAAUGGAAUAAUAGCGAAGAUAUAAAAAUUUGCUCCGUUGCUACUGGGCUUGUUCCUUAUUUAAAGGAAGAUAAUCAGCAGUCAUUAAUUCAGUGCUUCAAACUUUUAAAAAGAAAAUUAUUUAGCGUUUAUGAAAAAAAAGAAAAAAUGGAAGACGUGUCAAGUUGUCCUAAUCAUCCUCAGCAUUAUCGUGUGGAUGAUAGCAGCAAUACGAAGUCCAAUGAAUUGAACGAAGAAUAUAUAAAAACAAAAGAAUGUGAAGUAAAUAAAAAUCUAAACAAUUUAUUUUAUUGUCCUAUAUUAAUUGUUGCAUCGUUAAGUAAUGGUGAUGUUAUAUGUUGGGAUUUAACUGAAUUUUUAAAUUUUUAUAAAAGUAAAUGUAGAUUCGUUGUAAGGACUGAAAAAUCCGAAAUUGAAUUGUACAACGAAAUUAUAGAAGAUAUAACUGAGAAUUGUAUGUAUGAUGAUUUACUUAAAACUAGAUUGAAUUUUUCUCAUGAUAUAAAUUUAAAAAGUAAUGAUAAGUAUUUAAAAUGUCAAGAUUUAUUUAAGCAGACUAAUGGGUUAUAUACACUUGAGGCAAAUUUUAUUUCGAAUCUUUCACCGUGUGAAAAUAUUUUAGAAAUUGCUAGUAAUGGCAAUUCUAGUCAAAUAGCUAUAAUAGAUAACUAUAUAAUUAUUUUACAAAAAACAAGACUUAUCAUUUAUGAAAGGAAGGAUUCUAACUCCCUUUUCGUUCCCCUAAUGGACCUAUUUUGCCCUGAUUUUCAAGAGUCCAAAAAAAAAAAAAAAGAAAAUUGUCACUGGGCAGGCAUACAAGUUGUAAGGCGUCCUAUAUGGAAAUUCUCCUCAGGAAUUUUUAAGAGCAUCUGUUUUAACAAUAAAUCUUUUAAUAUUAUGCAAAAAUUGUCAAAAAAUGUGUGUGGUUCGAUAAUUGCUUGGACGACUGAGGGGAAUUUUUACUGCUAUACGUUGCCGUUAAAAUUUUCUAGUUUAUUUUUAUCUUUUCAAUCAAAUAUUAAAUCUUUUUUUCUGAUGAAAAUUUCGAAGAAUUUGCUAGGGUCUUACAAGAGCCCUAUACCUAUAGUAGUAUACAGGGACAUAGAAGGGAGAAAUGCUCAAAGAGAUGGAAACAAAAUGGAAAACCAAGUGAGAGAAAAAAUGGGAAAUCAAAUGGAAGAAAGAAUGGGAAACCAAAUGGAAGAUAAAAAUAACUACGAUAUUGACAAUCCCAGUAACAACAUAUGGAACAGAGGAGGGGGAUACUACAUGAGUGCAUAUAACAAAAAUUACAAUAACAGUGACAAGUUUCGAAUAAGAAUUACCCGUAGUACAGAAAUAUCAUUUAGUGGAAAAGGUAAAAAUUUAGAAAAAUAUUCUCCAUUAAAAAUCAGUUCAAUUGAUAAUUUGAUGUCAUUCAAAAAUAAGAAGAUGAUGAGUAAGUUAAGAAACAGUGAUGGUGUAGAAAAGUAUUCAAAAUGUAAAGACAAUCUGUUCUUCUUUUUUGUAAAUAAGAAUUACAUGAACAGAGUAAUUGUUUUCGAGUGUUUAUUUAAUGAAUGGUAUAAGACAUCCAGAAUUGAAUGUGUGUGGCUUUUGCCAAAGAGGAAAAAUGUGAAGGAGGAAAUAAGCAACAUGAGGAUGUGCUCUGGGAAAAAGUACAAAGACGAGGUAAAAAAGGAUGGUCAUGAUGAUAAUGUUAGUGGUAGUUCUAGCGGCAAUGCUAGGGGCAAUGAUAGGGGCAAUGCUAGCGGCAGUGUUUGUGUUAACACUAGCAUGGGAAAUGAUGCUUAUGUGGAAUCUCUUGAAGGGGGAAGGGAAAAAAAAACCCCGCGGAGCACAAAACGAUUUAGUAGCAUGUUGAAUAAUUUGAUUUAUAAUAGUGGAAUAAGUGAAAGUGUUAAAUCGGAAGACGAGUAUAAGGAAAAGAAAAAAAACAAAAGUAUAGUCACAUAUGUAAUAGCAGAGUAUAACCUAAACAUAUAUAUCAUUAUAAGUUACAUUAAUUGUCAUGUGACGAGUACACUGAUUAAUUCGUAUAAAAAUAUGUCACAUAAAAAACUAAUUCAUGAUUUCCCUAUACCAAAAUGUAUGCUUGAGAAGAAUACUUUUAUAACAACUUUGCAUAAUGAAUAUUAUUUUUUAAUUGGAGGUUCUAGUAGAGGAGAUGUGUUAGUAUGGAAUUUAUGUAAUUUUCAGCUGUUGAAAUAUUUGAAAUCCUGUCAUUUAUCUUAUAUAUGUAGUAUUCAUAAAGUGAUAAAUGAAAAUUUUGCCAUAAAUUCGAAACAAGUUUUACGUAAAGAGUUGAUAAUGGAGUCAUGUUGGGUACUAACUUGUGAUGCAAGUAAUAACUUAACCUUGCUAAAUAUUAACGAACAGAAUUAUGAGAAUAACACACACAAUUUUUUUUGUAAAAAUGAUGAAUAUAAAUUAGCGAUAACAACAGACGAUGAAGAGGCAAAUGGAGUGACAAUGGGAAUGACAAAUGGAGUAACUAAUGGAGUAACAUAUGGAAUGACAAACGGAGUGCCAAACGGAGUGACAAAUGAAAUGAAAUGGGAAAAGAAAAAUAAAAGGAAGGAAGAAAUUUAUUUAAAUUACAUGAACGCAUUCUUAAGAAGGAGAAGCUUAAUUACAAGAGAGAGUAAAUACAAUUUGUUAGAAAAAUUUAAAUUAAAGAGGGAAUUAAAAAUGACACAAAUAAAAAAAUUUUACUCAUGUUUUUAUAAACAUAAACCUGGCCAUUUCAUUUCGAAGAAAUCUUCUAUUGAACUUAGAAAAAGAUUAAACAAAAAACAAAAAGAAAGAGAAUUAAAAAUUAUGACUAGUGCAUGUUUCCAUUGUUGUUUUAAAAGAUUAGAAAAAAAAAAUGAAAUAAAUUUUAAGUUAAUAAAAAAUGUAUAUAUUAAUACUUGUUCUUCUUUACUAUAUAUUAUUUCUUUGAAUAAUUAUGUCUUUGUAUACAAUUAUGAUAGCGGUUGUUUUUUAAGGUCUUUAUAUGAUUCUGAUUUUACACAUUUGUCCAACUCUUCCCAUGAAACGUGUUAUUUAAAAUUGGGAAUAAACAUAACCAACUUGCACAUUUUGAACAGAAUAAGGACGAGUGUUGAUAGAAUGGAUAGUCACAUAGCUACAGGAAGAAAGGAAUUUCAAUAUUUGAAUGAAGCACGUGACUGUUCAUUGUUUGAUUCAGAGUACGAAGGUUUAAAAUUGAAUGGAUGCUCCUCGGCAGUGACUUCCCAUUCCUCAGUGACAUCUCCUUCGUCGGAUUCGUGUAAAUAUAUAGAACAUAAAAGCUCCCGCUUCAUAAAAAAAGAGGAUAUAAACAAUGAGAGUAGUAGUAUAGCACAUAAAUUACGGCAAAGAGGAGAAGGAGGUGUUGAUAUGCUACUAGGAAAGAGUCAUAAAUAUGAGGAAACAUCAAGAAAUAAAAAUUUUUUUUACAAAAGAAAAGCUAAAAAAUGUAGUUACUUAGUGAGGAGCCAAAUUCCAGUCAUAAGCUAUGUAUUAUUUAGAGACAAUAAUUUAUCAAAGAAGGCAUUACCUUUAACUAAGUUUUUGUAUCCAUAUUUUUUACCUAAAAAUUGUAUAAAUAUGUGUACAGAAUUAUUUCUGUUUUUGAUAAAAUUCCCAUCCAUCCCUUUUUCUUUAUGUAUACCUGGGAAGGAAUCAACUUUUUCAGUUAUAAUUCCUAUAUGUACUCAAAUAUACUAUUUUUCAAAAAUGCAUCCAUUGAAAUAUAGGAAGUAUGAUGGGCAUGUGUAUAUUACUAUAAGCAAUAGAAGAAGGGAAAGACAGUUAGUACGUGAAAAAAGAAAAAAAGAAAAAUUUUUUUACGACUCAUUAAAUUUGGACUAUGAUUAUUUAUAUAAUAAAAAAUUUCAAAAAAAAUACUUUUUGAGUGACUUGUUUAAAAAAAAGUAUAUUUAUUUUUCAGUAAAGAUGGGAAGCUUGAACAAACGCCUUAACGAUUUAAUGUAUUUUACAAAAUAUGAGAAUGUUAAAAAAUACAACAUGAGGAGGAGGAAGGGUUAUGACAGGAUGGAUGAUGCUGCAGAUACAUAUGCUAAUGGCGUAGAGGAGGGAAAUAAGGGGAAAAAUAAAAAUAUUCUCAUUUGGGAAGGACAACAUAGGGGUAAUAUAUCAUCCCGUAGUACAAGUAAAUUACAAAUUUCCAAUUUUAAAGGGGAAUACGAACAAAGUAGUUCUCAAAAUAGCACACAGAACGGAAACAGUUCAUCGAGUAAUUCGAUAGGAAUCAAUUAUGAUGAAGAGAGGAAGUUGCUAGAAAAACAGAGAAAGAGUAUGAAAUAUCAAAUGUUACAUUAUAAUUACUACAAAGAAUUAAGAAUAAGAAAAAAGGAUUUGUCCAUGAGGACGAGAUGGUUUCUAAAAUAUUCGGAUGAGGAGGAGGAGGAAGAGGAGAGGGAUUAUUAUAACAGUUAUUCCGACAAAUCAAGUGUACACCUGUACAUAAAAAGGAGAAAAAGAAAGAAAAAGAAGAGGGAUAUGGAAAGGGAGAUGGGAAGAAGGAUGGAUAAAGAGAUGGAGAAGAAAAGAGGGAAGAGGAGAAGAAAAAGGUUUAAAAGUGAGAUGAUAACGAAGGAAUUUUUCUUCCAUAACAAUUCUGUUGAAAUAUACUGCAACAGUGUGUAUGUAAAAACUGUGUACUGCUGCUUUAUGUUGAGAUUUUUAAACUUGUGGUGUUCUAAUUAUAGAAUAAAAUAUAAUGACUAUAUUUUAAAUAAUUUUAAAAAAUAUAUCAUAGAAAAUUUGCCUGACAGUAAUAGUUUAAAUUUAUUUUUGUUAAGUUAUGUCUCUAUGUAUCCUUAUGACAAAAAUAUAAGGAUACAAUUUCAAAAAUUUUUGUAUAUGAUUAUGGAAAAUAUAAAGGAAAAAAAUUUAGAUAAAUUUACAAAAACUUCUACAGAAAUACUAAGAAUCAAUAAUAAGAAAAAAAGAAUCAUUGAAAAAAGUAUCGAUGAGAUAUCUUUGUAUGAUACGACAGGGUCUUAUACAAUAACUAUAACUAUUCCAAAAAUAGGGUGUUUUUUCUUAUACCCUUUUAUAUAUGCUGAUGAAAUAUGUUUAACUUUAUUAUUAUUAUUAUUAUUAAUAAAACCAGAUUACUUAAGAAGCUCAAAAACUUUUUAUACAAAUGCAUCUAUGACAACAUUGAUUGUACAUCAUAUAUGUUAUUACAUUUUUGUAGAUACAGAAUAUUUUUUAGAAAAGAAUAAUAAAUUUAAUAAAUUCAAAUUAUUUCAUUUUAUACAUUUAUUAGCUUUAAGUUUUUCUAUAACAUGGGAUUUUCAGGUAUUAAUCCAAAGGGGAAUUUUUACAAGUAAUAUGAAAAACAGUUCACAUGUUUCUUUUAACUUAAGUUUGAAAAGAGAAGAUUUUACAUUUAAUGAAAAACUAAUCAAUGAAAAUUAUUAUAAAGCAUUGAAAGAUUAUUAUGUUGUAGGAAAUUACCAUACUGACGUGUCAUUAAAUAAUUCAUUUAGGGAAAUAAAUUUAAAAAAUUACAUGGAUGAUUAUAUAAAAUAUGUGGAUAACAAAAUAAAUGAAAUGCAAUCAGAGAAGGACGAGUUUUAUGUAAAUACCUAUGAAAAUAAUUUUUCAGAGGGAAACAAUGAAAAUAGUAGUGUAGUUAACAAAUUAAAUGAUAUGAACGAGUUGCGUGAUACUACUAAAGCUGCUGAGGAUGGAUCGAUGGGAGCAGACAACAUUAUCACCAUUAAUAUUGGGGCUGAAGGUGGUGGUGAUGUUGGCAUUUGUGUUGGAGACAGUGUAAGUAGAAACAUUAGCAGUAAUAUUGGUAGCAAUAUUGGUAGUAAUAUCGGCAGUAAUAUCGGCAGCAACAUCGGAAGCAACGUCGGAAGCAGUAUCGGCAAUAAUGUUAGGGUUAGCAGCAAAAACGAUGUUGUGGGCGAGCAGAAAAACAAAGGGAGCUACAGCGACUUUAGUCAUAUAGCCUAUGAUGAAGGGAAAGUGAUGCAAAAGAAAGGCUCUGAAAUUAAUGAACAUAACUACAUAAACAUAUGUCAUUUCAUUUUAAAUAUAUUCGAGCUGUAUACGAUGUCAUUAAAUAAUAUAAGUUUUCUUAAAAUAUUAAUAAACAUAGGACGAAUUGAACCCUUUUUAUUUUUAAAAACUCUACAUUAUAUAACAGGGAAUGUACAGAAACGUGUAUCAUGUAUAAAUAAAAUACUAUUCCUUUUAAUUAUAUUAAUAAAAAAUUAUAAAUGUAUAUUUAUAUGGUAUAUGAAUAUUAUUAUUGAUAUACUGUUGAACUCGUUAGACCCAUCAAACAAUGUAAGAAUUUUAUGUUUAAAAUUAUCCACUAGUUUAAUUUAUACAUUAGUUAAAAAUUAUCCUAUUUGUUCUUUUAAUAAAUUUACACAAAGAUUAGCUGUAGUAAAUAAUAUGAACAAAUGCAUAUAUUUAUAUGAUUUAAAAAAUGCAAAGAAGUUGAAAAUUUUUCAAGGACAUCAAAAAAGUGUUGAUUGUAUAAACUUUAACACUACUGGCACGUGUCUUGCUUCAUAUUCAAAACUUGACUUAUCUUUUAAAAUAUGGAAUUGUGCAAAUGCAGGAUUGUUUAGCGGUUUUUUGAAAGUACAGUCAAAAUGUGCACGCGAUAUACACCUAUCAAAAAUUAAAUUGAGUUAUAUGUACUUGUCGGAUAACUAUAUUGAUAUUAUCUUCAAGAAGAAGAACGAAUGGAUGUUACGCAGGGAGGACAACGCCGUUUACUUGAUUUUCAUUUGA